AAGUUCAUCACAGAAGCUAGAGUAUAUAUAAUCGCUGUCACGGAAAUUUUUUAAAAUAAUAAUGAAAAGUGCAUAUUUUCGUAAUUUUUUUUGUAUUUUUUUUCUCUAAUGCACCAAAAGAGACAUUGCGAAAUUUUUAAUUAAAUAUGAAAAAAUAAAUAGAGAGACAAGAACGUGCAUAUCUUUUAAAUUUAACGUAACUGUUACAGCUUUUGCAAGUCGGCUUUUUGUCUAUUAUCAUCUAACACGCUUUUGUUUGUUUUUUUUUACCUAAGCUAAAAUAAAUACAGAUGUAAAAUUACUUAUUUAUGUUAAUUAAGGAAGCAAGGGUACAUAAUUGCACGCAGAAAACACUCUUUAAUCAUAACAUUCUUGGUCUGGUUCUCUUAUGAAAGAUGAUUGGGCAUAUUUUCGUAUUUUUUCUUGUUAUUAUUGCCUGCCGUGCAUCAGAAGACGCAUCUCAAUGUACACAAACUGUUUUCCGGAAGUUUAGAGAAAACGGUGGGGCUCUAGCAGAAAACGAUGCCAUUUCAAGUCAUGUCGUUCGCAAUCUUAUGGAAUGUUCUAUGGUAUGUGCUUUAAUGCAGCAAUGUGUUGGCUUUAACUACCUUGACAAUGUACAAGAAUAUUUGAUUAACUGUCAAACCAGCAACAAGACAAUAAGUAAUGUCUCAAAAAUUGUAUCUUCCGAAGGAAAUUGGAUUUUUUAUCAAACUUCAAAGAUAAAAGAGCCUGCAGAAAAUGAAAAUAAUUGGAUAGUCCUAAGCGACACAAGUUUUCUAAAAGAUAAAAAUGAUUGGAUAGUACAACUCAAACAAUGGCUUCCUUCGACAUUGAAUGGCAAAAAGGCGGUGCACUGUUACCAAGCAACAAUAAAUGGAUGGGAGGCAACCACAUUUCACAGUCUGUGUGACAAUAAAGGACCGACACUGGUUAUUGUAAAAGUUGGAACUUUUGUCUUUGGGGGAUUUGCUUCAGAAUCUUGGAAAGGAGACGAUCGUUACAUAAGAGCAAACAGAUCGUUUAUUUUUUCCUUAAAAAACAACUAUGGUCUGCCACCAUUUAAAUCCGAAGUUGUCAAACCACAAUAUGCAAUUUACGAUUAUUCUGCUUAUGGACCCACAUUUGGAGGUGGUCAUGAUUUGUACAUUUCUGAUAACGCCAACUCUAAUUACUAUUCUCACUCAAGAUGGUUUGGACAUUCCUACAAGCUUCCAAAUGGUUAUACUUACCAAAGCAUUACGACACAAAACUUGUUAGCAGGUACCUCUCACUUCACACCAGAUGAAGUGGAGGUGUUUUAUUUUUCUUCAUAAAUAAACUAAACAAGAAAAAUAAAUUGUAUGAAGACAGAUGGAAGUUUCUGAAUUUUCAGCUUUAUCAGAGCAAAUUAACAGUAGUUUUUUGCUUAUGGAAGUGGCAUAGUGUGUAAAAUAUUUUGUGUAGCAAUUUUACUGUAAUAUCAAGUAAAUUUGAAGGUGCAGUUAUGGAUUAUUUAGAAUAUAAUUUUGAACGACAUCAGCAUCGUAGGUGCAUGCAUUCCAGUGCUUCCCCAGUCAAGACGUCAUGAUUGUGAAGCCUGUUUUUUGGAAUGUUUCUUUGCAUGUGAAUUGUCUGGCGUUCAUGGAAAUUGUAAUCAUUGUAAGGUUGUAAUAUACCUACCUAUAAAGCAAGUUCCUUAGCUAAAUAUUAUGCAGGAGGAUUUAUUGUUGUAGAAAAAAAUAAUUAGUACUAUUGGA